AUGCAAAUGGGUCAACGCCAUGUCAGAGACUCGAUCCGGGAAGUUGAUGAUCAAAGUUGGCUUAUAGGGGACACGCUUCUCCUCUCUCGAACUACAUCUUCCAACGGUGCUUGGGCAGACGGAAACGGCCGAGGCUAUCAACUCACCGAAGCGCCAGCUCCCCUUCCUCCUUCCCGACCACUUUCCGACACGAGUGAGAUCAAGCUGGUCUACGAUGCCGGAGAUGCUUCUGCCGUCUUCCGCAUUGGCGAAGCUUUCUGCAAAGUGAGGCUUCUCACCAUACCUGAGGUCACACGAGAGCAUACGACGUAUGCCUGGCUUCACCAGCGCUCGUGGAGUUUCUCGAUUCCCAAAGUCAUCCAUCACACCGAGCACCAGGGCCGGUAUUACAUCUUUCUCACUCGCGUUCCCGGGAUGACCAUCGACAGUCUGUGGCCCACCCUGGACGAGACCACCAAGCAGCGCUACGUCGAAAGGGUCGUCGAUAUCUGCAAAGAACUCAACGCCGCCGCCUCUGGAACAAGCAUCUGCGGCGUAGAGGGCGGCAUUAUCUCGGAACUCUACCUCUCGGCGGCGGACGGAGACUGUAGCCCACAAACCUUGCACAAAACCUCUCUGGAGCUUGGGAUGGACUGCUCAAGAUUGGUUUUCUAUCACUGCGACAUGGGCCCUACCAAUGUCCUCUUCGAUCCUGUCGACCACUCUGCCGGCGUCAUUGAUUGGGAGGUAGCUGGUUUUGUGCCUUUGGAAUGGGUCAGAACUAAGUUCCAAGUCUCUGUCGGAUUCGAUCUGUGUGGCGGCGACACACUCGAUUACCGGAGGAGAGUGCAGUUUUGCCUGGGCGAAGCAGGCUUCACGGAUGUCUCAUCGACGUUUAUGGAUAUUCGUAACAAGAAGUCACUGGCACCUACAAGCUCCCGCAUCAUCGUACCAGAAGCCCCUGGUCCUGUCCUGUCAGUCUCCAUGGCGAACCGGGAACACUUCUUCUUCUACGCGCCGACGUGGGAUUAUCCCCCAGGCGGCCCGAUCAAGCUCGGCAACGUCAUCACGUCGGUGAAGAAGCCGCAUCUACCCCUCUUCUGCGCCGCGCCGGAAGACUCCGAACUCCUGCGAACGGAGAAAAGGAGUGUUCAGUACACCAAGGAGAAGUUGCGGAGCGGUAGGUUUUCCGUCCUGACCAAAUUCUUAAGCGUGCUUGGCUUCGGGGUGGAUAUCGGUGCCGAGAUUGACAACAGUAGUGACGAGGAGACCUUCGCCUUUGAUACCCUUGAGACUACCCAGUUCAUCCCGACAACAGCCUAUUUCCAAACAAGCAUCGAUUCUGACAACGUGCGUCGGUUUCUCCAAAACUCACGCUACCGCAAGCCCGUCUAUGUCAUUACCGGCAUCAAGGUCGUCAACGGGGCCGAGGCCAACACCUCAAAGUCUCGCGCCGUAGGGGGCACGUUCGCGGUCGAAGUCGACGGUACCCUCCUCAGCGGGGGCGCCGUUCCCAUCGGAGGCGGUCCCGGGAUAGAAGGCAAGGUGGCCACCAGUACCGGGACAAGCUGGGCAGGCAGCAGCGACUUUGUGUUUGCGUUCCGCGUAAGCAAGGUCUUUGUGAGCAAAGCGACGAGCCAAGUGGUGAGCGAAGAGGAGUAUCGCAAGGGUGCCAUGCUCGGCGAUGAGGUUGACGAGGUGAGACGCCCGCAGCUGGCUGUCUCAAAGGUGGAAGAGCCGAACGCGGAGGCCGAGGACUGUGACACGGAGGAGCUGAUGGACGAUGGGGAGACUGUGUUUUGUGCCAUUCCCAGAAGGGAAGAAGAUGAUGACUGA